AUGAACAGCCUAUGGCCUGUGUCUGUGUCACACACACAACUUACCAGUAUUAACCACCAGGUCUAUGUUCACCCUACACCUUCCUCAAAGGACAACAUUCCCGGGUUUCUAGCACUCGCCAAACCUCGGGGAGCAACCACCGACAAAGAAAUUCUGGUUGCUUGGAUCCCCGAAUCGAAGCUACAAGAGUCCGCCGCCGACUUUGAGUCUUAUGUCAAAGUCGAUAUCAAAGAGAGUGGCACCCCGGCCUCGUCGUCCCUCAACCUGGCCGAGACGCUAGUGUCGCCACCUCCCUCUUCUUCUUUCUCCAGCUACGCGUUUUCUAUCCCCAUCAGCGACAUCUUUUCUCUACAGGUCAAACAGCCCUCACUUGGCUGGUGGUGGGGCUCUAUCACCAUCCACACACGUUCCAAGGAAGACCAGCUUCCUCCGCUCUACUUCCACGACGCCGAAAGUCAGUCUACAAUCAUGGAGCAGAAGCGACGCAACAAAAAGUUCGAGACCUUUGACAGCGAGUCAGGCUCGUCUAUGUUCUGGGGCGGCGAUCACUUCAUUCAAGUGCUCUCUAAGUACGCGAACCUCGAGCGGGCUGAAAGCGACCAUUCAUUCUUGCUUGUCAACCCACGAGAAGGUGACGCUGAACGGUUCGGUACUAAUCUCACCGGAGGCUCUGAGGAGCCUUCUCAACUAGUUGCUGGUAUUCCAGGCCGAGGCGCUGGAGGUGACCCUGUUGACCGAGGGGCCCAGGUUCAAAAGGCCUUCUCAGAUAUCCGGUGGGGUCUUCUCAGCAACCUUGCUAAGGUGACACAACUGACCCGAAAGGUGUCUCAGGGUGUCUGGGACUCUUCGCCACAGCCCGUCAAGCAACUGCUCAUGAAGCCCGAAGUCAAGAAAAUUGGAGACGAUUUUGACUCUGCUCGAAUCUACUUGGCCAAAUGGGCCCUCAGUGUGGCGGAGGAGAGUCAGAGGGCAAAGCUCAAGGUUCUGUUUGACGAUGAGCUACGGGAGCUGGUGUCAGACGAGGGGUUCGAGCUUAUUGACGCCGAAAACAACCCGCAGAGACGAAACGAAGUGUCGUUGGCCGAAUGGAACGCCUUCUUUGAUUACAAUGGUCGGCUGAUUGUCACAGUCAAUGAGGUCAAGGAGCGCAUUUUCCACGGUGGAUUAGCUCCCGCUGUCAGGCCCGAGGGUUGGCUGUUCCUGCUUGGCGUCUAUCCUUGGGACUCGACAGCUGCAGAACGCAAGGAACUGGUGUCAAAGCUUAGAGUUGACUACAACCGGCUCAAGAAGGAGUGGUGGGUACAGGAGGACAAGGAGCGGGACGACUUUUGGCGAGACCAACUUUCCCGAAUCGAAAAAGACGUGCACCGUACCGACCGAAACAUCACAUUUUUUGCCGAGUGUGACGCCAAAAAGGACGGGGAUGAUGACAACUACGAUAAGGAUGAGUUUGGGUUUUCGUCCCAGAUAAACUCCAACAUUCAUUUGAUCCAGCUCCGUGACAUGUUGAUUACCUACAACCAGCAUAACAAGAAUCUGGGCUAUGUCCAGGGCAUGUCAGACCUCCUAUCACCGCUGUAUGUCGUGCUGCAGGAUGACACACUGGCAUUUUGGGCGUUUUCGGCCUUCAUGGAGCGCAUGGAGCGAAACUACCUCCGGGACCAGAGUGGCAUGAGAAACCAGCUUCUUUGUCUGGACCAUUUGGUCCAAUUUAUGCUUCCCUCACUGUACAAGCACCUUGAGAAGACCGAGUCAACCAAUCUGUUUUUCUUCUUCAGAAUGCUGCUGGUGUGGUUCAAGCGAGAGUUGCUCUGGGAUGACGUUUUGCGUCUGUGGGAGGUGUUGUGGACAGAUUACCUGUCGUCCCAAUUUGUUCUAUUUGUGUGCCUGGCUAUCCUCGAUAAGCACAAGGACGUCAUGAUUGACCAUCUGGCUGGGUUUGAUGAGAUUCUGAAGUACAUGAACGAGCUGUCCAUGACCAUCGAUUUGGACGAGCUUCUUGUUCGUGCCGAGCUCUUGUUCUACCGAUUCAGACGUACGGUCGAGCUUAUUGACCGAAAGAACGAGGACAGACGCAACUCAGCGGACGGCUCCGAGCCUGUUUCCAUCACAGAGGACCUGCGGGAAUUGUUAUCUCGGAAAGUCAUUGUUGUGCGUGAGGGUGAGCGUCCUGAAGGCGUAAUGGGUGGGUAG